AUGAAUUUCGAAGGCAAAUGGGUAUUGGACAAGAGCGAAAACUUCGAGGAGUACAUGAAGGAAGUCGGUGUAGGACUUAUUACUCGCAAAGCUGCCGCUCACAUUAAGGUUCAACUAGAAAUCAAAAAAGAGGGAGAUAGAUGGGUCUGCCUUCAAACAUCCACAUUCAAGAACACAAAACUCGAAUUUAAACUUGGCGAGGAAUUUGAAGAGACCACCCCCGAUGGUCGGAAGUUCAGAUCGCUUAUUGAACUGGCCGAUGGAAUACUGGUUCACAAACAGACGCCGAUUAAGGUUGAAGACAAGCCUUCGGUAAUCAAACGUUGGAUCGAGAAUGGCCGUCUGAUCACCACCUUGCAAUGUGGAGACGUUGUCUGCCGUCGUGAAUACGUCCGCGAAUGA